CGCCGAACAACACACGCUGCUGUCGAGCAUCGUCAGCUGUAUUGACCGCGCGGAAACACGGGCAGUAGCUGCGCGCAGCUGCACACAUCUUGUAACAAUGGCCAACCAAACCCCAGCCGUUGUCAUGGACAACGGCACGGGGUUCUCUAAGCUAGGUUUCGCCGGCAACGACUCCCCCUCCUUCGUCUUCCCAACCGCGAUCGCGACCAAGGGCAGCGCGGGCGGUGGCGGCUCGGGGUCCGGUCGCCCCGCGGUUGCAAACAAGCCUUCCUUCCUCACCGGCGGAGCUGGGCCGACUGGUCACUUAUCGGCGAAGCGCGGGACCGAGGAUCUAGACUUCUUCAUCGGUGAUGAGGCCAUCGCGGCUGCCUCGGGGCCCGGAUAUGGGUUACACUACCCGAUCAGACACGGGCAAAUCGAGAACUGGGAUCACAUGGAGAGGUUCUGGUCCAACUCGAUCUUCAAAUACCUCAGGGUAGAGCCCGAGGAUCAUUACUUCCUCCUCACCGAGCCGCCCCUGAAUCCUCCCGAGAACCGCGAAAACACGGCCGAGAUCUUCUUCGAGUCCUUCAACUGCGCCGGUCUCUACAUUGCUGUCCAGGCAGUUCUAGCGCUUGCGGCUUCGUGGACAUCGUCCAAGGUCACGGAUAGGUCUCUGACCGGCACGGUUAUCGACUCUGGUGACGGUGUCACUCACGUCAUCCCGGUGGCGGAGGGCUACGUUAUCGGCUCGUCGAUCAAAUCGAUCCCGAUUGCCGGACGCGAUAUUACCUACUUUGUCCAGUCUCUCCUCCGAGACCGUGGCGAGCCCGACUCGUCCCUCAAGACGGCGCAGGAGAUCAAGGAGGAGUACUGCUAUGUCUGCCCGGAUAUCGUCAACGAGUUUGCCAAGUAUGACCGCGACCGCAGCCGGUUCCUGAAGCACGUCGUCACGCAACCGGGUGGCCGCCAGGUGACCGUCGAUGUCGGCUACGAGCGCUUCCUGGCGCCCGAAAUCUUCUUCAACCCGGAGAUCUACUCGUCCGACUUCUUGACGCCGCUGCCCGUGGUCGUCGACGGCGUCAUCCAGUCGUCGCCCAUCGAUGUGCGACGUGGCCUGUACAAGAACAUUGUCCUGUCGGGCGGCAGCACGCUCUACAAGGACUUUGGCCGCAGACUGCAACGCGACAUUAAGCAUUUGGUGGACGCCAGAAUCCGCCAGAGCGAAUUGCGAAGCGGCGGCGCCAAGAGCGGAGGGCUGGAGGUGCAGGUCAUUACGCACAAGAGGCAGCGCCACGGCCCGUGGUUCGGAGGCAGCUUGCUGGGCCAGACGCCGGAGUUCCGGUCGUACUGCCACACCAAGGCAGAGUACCAAGAGUACGGACCCGGAAUCGUGCGGAGGUUUGCCCUCCUGGGCGGCCCGGGUGGCUCUUAAGAGGAUUUUUCUGGCAUUACUGUAGAAAGCGGGCGAUUGUUUUCCACGAGGAGAGGACGGCGGUGUUUCUACAGGCGGCGCCAAAAAGCAGAUAGGGAUAAGACGUCAACUUGAUAUGCUGUUGGGUUCACCUGGAGCGUGGAACCGGCGUGUUUCAUUGUUUGUGAUGUCUGCUGAAGUGGCGCUUGGGCCCCUGGUUCUUCCAAUGACAGUCGCCAUUGCCGAGGCAGCAGAAGCUCGGUAUGUUGGUCCGCAAGAAUACUAGACUGCUCUCCUCUGGGGUUAUUAUCUCCACAGCUUACAUAGUAUACGGUUAUCUUGACUUGGCAAGACCGGUCCCGCUUGAUGGGUAGAAAACCGGCCUUCGCUACAGCCUAC